CCGUAGGAGAGUACCAACUUUAACGACAUUUGCAGUCGAGUGUGGCGACUAAAUGUCGCAUAAAAUGCUGUUGUUUGAGAUAAUUUUGGGUAGUUUUCUUCGUUUUAUUCACUAUUGACAUUUUUGGGUCUUGAUGGACGCGUUUCCGGUGCACCUCGGUUCACACAAUCGACGUGUGUACGGGAGGGGGCUGGGGGUGGUCCCCGGACGUCUGGGGCGGCCUCGUCUGUUUAUCAUCUCGGCAAACGCCCUCCUACAGCUUCAACGUCGCCCUAAAUCGCCUUUUGCGCACCUCGACUAAAGGCUGCCAAUUUAUUCUACGGAUUCUGACUGAAGUCUGAACCCCCCCCCCCUUCUCCGCCCCGCCCGUUUGGUUGCGUCUUAACGGCCACACGUCCAGCUGAUUGCAUUGAGUGCCUUUCAAUUCUUCUGUUCGAACGGCAGCGUUUUUUGUCGAGGCCCUCUUCGUUCGCCUCACCUAUUCGCCAUUUUUUCGAGGACUGUUCAUCGGACGAAAAAGCGUUUUGUUCUCGUCCCCUUCGCUUCUUUCCCCUUUCUUUUUUUGGGGAGGAAGCGAGCGAGCAGGCCGCGGACUCAUCCCCGGCCUCGCGUAGCUUCCUGCGGCCGGCCGCCAUGGGCGACACCAGCGAGAGAAGCAAGCCACCCGGUCUCCCUCCCCGCUGUCCCUGCGGCUUUUGGGGGUCCAGUAAGACCAUGAACCUCUGUUCCAAGUGUUUUGCUGACAUCCAGAAGAAGCAGCCAGAUGACGAUUGUCCCUCUCAGGACAGCAGCAGCGAGACGACCACAACCACCAUCACAACCAUCACCAACAGCGGCACCACCGCCGCCCCCGCCACCACCACCACCACCAACACCACCACCAAGACUCCAUCUAUAUCGUCGUCAGUGUCGCCAUCUUUGUCCUUGCCCACCACCACCACCACAGAGCUCCCAGUUACCAAGGAACCCUCGCCUAUGUUCGCCACCUCCAAGGAGGGCGUGUCGUCCACAGUGACAGCGCAGAGUACGAUGUGCACACCCACAAAACGUCCUCGAGAGUCGGCCUCUGGCUCGGAGAGCGAGGCCACGCCGGAGAAACGGCCGCGGGCGGAGGCGAAAGACGGAGGAGACGACGGCAGCGAGGAGCAGGCAGGCAGCACGCCCAAGCAGAAGAACCGCCGCCGCUGCUAUAGCUGUCAAAGCAAACUGGAGCUGGUGCAGCAGGAAUUGGGCUCCUGUCGCUGUGGCUACGUGUUCUGCAUGCUUCACCGGCUCCCCGAGCAGCACGACUGCCUGUUCGACCACCUGGGGCGCGGACGCGAGGAGGCGGUCCUCAAGAUGGUCAAGCUGGACCGCAAGGUAGGGCGCUCGUGCCAGCGUAUCGGCGAGGAGUGCUCCUGAUCGGCUGCCGCGCCCGCUCCCACGAGGCGUUUUGCACGCCUGAUGAGGAAUGCAGACGUGUGGCUGAAUGGAGGCAAGAAGAAAAAGAAGAUGAGGAGGAGGCUAUUUUGGACCUGAACGCCGCUUACACUCACAUAGCCUUAAUCCCUCCCCAUUGCCCUGGAUUUUUCCUAAUCACAGGAAGUCGCGCAGAACACUUGCCGCCUUUCUCUCUCAGGUCGAACCCACCUUCCUCCUCCUCUUCCAUCUUCAAUUUUUUUUUUUUUCCGGGGGGGUGGGGCAAACACCAUUGUGUUGCCUGCCGGUGGAAAUCUUUUGAGCGGGACUUGUGCUCACAUGGACUCCAGGAGAACACAACCCCAUCCGUAUCGCAUGUGUGAGAGACUAUGAGAAAGUUUGUGUGAGUGAUGAGAGAGUGCGCGACAGUUUCCCCUUCGUCCUCACGAUGCUCGGAAUGGUACUCCAACGACGGGGAAGUACGACUGAAGUUUUUUUUUUUUUUCUUCCCCCCCUGUUCCGAUGUAAGUUGUUCCCCAGAACGCGACCCGCAGAGUCCCCGAAGAAUCACCCGACCACCUCCGAGGCUUCUGUUAAUUUAUUUUUGGGGCUGUUUUGUGGCUACAAUUAAUUGAUCGGGUGGUGUUUUGUAAUUAUUAGGCUGUGGGGAUGUUUUGCUUGUUUUGGAAAAGUGAACCGAAUCUUUUCUUCCGUGUCUCUUUGUCGACGCCCGCCAGCCGGGCUAACGUUAGCGGCGAGCGUACGAAUGCGUCACGGUCGCCGUCGUUAGUCGUCGUGCCGAGCUUGCAUGCGAGUUUAGUGACAGUUUAAGAAAUUGAGCUACCGUGUUGGCACAUUUUGAAUUUUCUUCAUAGAAACGACAAAUUGUUAUCCUGAUAUCAGAGGAGAAGUAAUACACAUUACUAUCAUAUUUUGGGCCUAAAAUGUUCCCGGUUAUACAUGGGCAUUAUUUUUUGGGGGGGGGGGGGGGGGGGUCUAUUCCUGAAAUGGUGUUUGGAGCCCCACUAAUUGACAUCCAAAUGCCUCACUUUAAAUUGGAGUAUUAUGCGUUAUGGCGUCUUCUCAAGCCAACGGCGCACGCAACAACAAAAAGCUUUCCAAAUUUUCAAGAUUUCAUGUCAUCUGUUCAUCUAGUAGAGAUGGUUCCAAUUUUGUAGCAGUCAGACAAAAUCACAAGUCGUUCUUUGAAAGGACCCCUGAAAACGUUCAGAAUGAGCCUACAUGACUCGGAUGCAGUGGAAGCCAAAAAUUCCACGCCACAAAUUUCAAACCCCGCCACUCAAAGUGACUUCUUCUAAAGACUUUUGUUGUGUCGUCGCUCUUAAUCAGCGACACACUUUGGACUGGAUUGUAUGGCGUUUGCACAAGGAUGCGUUUGUUGCUUCCGUCGGGGAGGAAGCGGAGCGUCGCAACUCGAUGGAGAAGCAACGGGAAAAGCGGACGGACUAUGCGGAAUUGUUCCUCGUCAUCCUCUUCAAGCUCUUCCUCCUCUGGAGAUUCAGAAUGGCGCUAAAGGGAGAAGAAGAAGAAAAAUGUCACAGAUCUUUGUUCUUCUUGGGAUCUUUUUUUGUUUUUGUUUUUGAGUGCUGUUGAGAAAUGGAAGAAAAAGAAAAUAUCUUUCUGUACCUUUUCAAAGCAAAGAAUUAUUUAACCUUAUAUCAGUUUGAGUUACAACCUAGCAUAGAGUGGCAUAGUUUCAUUGUAUUAAGAAAAAAAAAACAGUUCUGUCCUAUUUCUCUUUCAUUUGUGUUCUGUUUUCUGCUGAGGAAAUAAACUGGAUUAGAGGUU